GUGUCCAAAGAAGAGCAACAAAGCUGGUGAAGGGUGUGGAGCAUGUCUUAUGAGGAGUGGCUGAGGAAAUUGGGAUUGUUUGGUCUGGAGAAGAAUCGGGAGAGAGUUCAUGUCCCUCUCUGCAACUACCUGGAAAGAGGUUGUAGUGAGCUGGAGGUCAGCCUCUUCUUACAGGUAGCUAGUGAUAAGACAAGAGGUAAUGGCUUAAUGGUGUGAAGGGAUGUUCAGGUUGGACUUUAGGAAAAAUUUAUUCUCCAAAAAAGUGGUGGAGUAUUGGAACAGGAUUCCCAGGGAGGUGGAUAGUAUCACCACCGCUGGAGGUUUUCAAGAAAAAGCUUCUUGCCUGAUUACAUCAGUGGUGACUUCGACUCCAUCCUGCCUGAAGUCAAGGCUUACUACAAGGUUAAGGGAUGUGAGUUAAUUGAGACCAUGGAUCAAGAUUUAACAGACUUCACCAAGUGCCUUCAGAUACUCCAGAAAAAGAUAGAAGAGAAGGGCCUCCAGAUUGAUUUGAUUGUGACUUUGGGUGGACUUGGAGGACGCUUUGACCAAACAAUGGCAUCAGUGGAAACACUUUUUCAUGCAACAAAUAUCACCCCUUUUCCAGUGAUAGUUAUCCAGGAGAGCUCGCUGAUUUAUUUGCUUCAACCAGGCAAACACAAGCUGCAGGUGGACACAGGACUGGAAGGUUCCUGGUGCGGCCUCAUCCCAAUUGGGAGCUCCUGUGACAAUGUUACCACGACUGGUCUCAGGUGGAACCUUGGUGCUAUAGGAAAAGGUAUCCAAGAGGAUACUCACCCCUCCAGUUGCAGGUACCUGUCCCAGAAGAGAACUACAUACCCCAGAAGACUGUACACUGUGUUGUUACCAUUUUUGCUCAGAGGGAACAGAUGUAAGGCCUUGGUAGGUCAUCAGACCUUCCGCUUUUCGAUCCUCAGCCUCCCUGCUGUUCAUCCCAACCACACACAUCGCCUCAGCACUAGCAUAAGGCGUUCAACUUUCAGAUACUCUCACUGUAUUUGAUUUAUUAGCUUUGAUUCUAAUUAUAUUGUAUUAUAGUGUGUUAUCUUGUGUUCUCAUACCAUAUUUACUUAAUUAGUUUAUUUCUUCUCAGAUCAUUGCCUCUGUUUUUAAUUAUUUUUGGAGUCCCCUGUUCACCUUUUCUAGAGAUGUGGAUUCGCAAAAUCCCGCUAGUCCCGGAACCAGGCCAAACCAGCCCAUAAAUUUUUGACAACAUUAUAUGAGAUUGAUUUCCAAAAGACAGGAUAAAUAGGAAACCUGAUAUCUGAAAACACCAUCUGCUGGGAAUUUGUGUCCCGAUUUCACUGUGGGGAAAAUUGUGUUUGUUCUAUUUUGAUUUUUGAACAGGGCAAUGUCUCACCAAGUGUUAGGCCAGCAUCAAGUAUUUGCUUUAGUGUUGUGGUUUAACUCAGCAGAUUGCUGAUCACCAAACAGUUGUUCACUCACUUUCCUCUCUUCCCCAUGGGAUGGAGGAGAGAAUAAAGAAAAAAGCCACCGGAAUAGGACUUGUGUGUUGAGACAACACUAUUAGGAUCGAGAAAAGAAAAAGAAUAAUAGUUAUGACUAUAUAUAUAUAUACAAAUAUGUGUAACAAGUGAUGCACAAGCUCUCUUAGAAGUAUACUCUCCACAUCCCCCAAACUGAUGCCCAUCUAGCCUACCAAGCACCAGAAGAGAGUUAGACGAGUUUCUGUCCCCUUCAAAACUCCUUCUGCAUGAUGUCAUAUGUUAUGGAAUAUUGCUUUGGCCAGUUUAAGUCAGCUCUCCCAAUUCUGUUCCCUCCCAGCACCUUGGGCCCUUCUCUGAGAAUGGCCUUGGCUCUAUAUAACACUGCUUAUCAGCAAUUAUAAACAUCUUUGUGUUAUCAACAUCGUUUUUCUUCUUGAAUCAAAAGGACGGCAUCAUACCAGAAACUCUGAAGAAAACCGUUAUAUCCCAGCUGAAAGUAAGACAUUUUCUGAUGUAAAGAAUGAUGAAAGGCAUCAAAAAGCAGAAGGUGCAAGAUUUUUUUUUUGCAUCUUUCAGCAAAGUGGAUCACACUGCUCCCUGUGAGCAGCAAUCUGUCUUGCAGUUCAGAAAUACUUGGUAACCUUUCCGGAGAUUGCAGCUCUCUGUAGAUUUUUGUUCUGAAAUUUCUCUUUCUCAGUCAAAAUUCUCAUCCAUAGUGCCUGUUCAGUCAGGAGUGAACAAAAGGCUAAAUACCAAAAUCAAGCAAACUCCUCCUGUUUCUCACCUUGUGAAUUCAGCAUCACUGCAACUUGAACUAUGCAUUGGACAGAAACCUUUUAGUGCUGCUGGGAUAAAAAUGGUGCAGAAUUAGCUUCAGGAUAUUUCACAGGCAAAAGAAUUCACAGAAUCUGAUUCAAAAUCCCUAAGUAUCAAGUAAGCAGGAGAAAAAAUGAAUUCUAAACAAAUGAUUAAAAUGAUGUCUUAAUGGAUGAGUAUAAAGGAGGCGAAUAAUCUCAUGUUCACUGUCAGCAUCUGUUUAAAGUGACUAAUUGUUGCUGUUAGCAAUGCUUUGGUGUUUCUUGUUGUUGUUGUUGUUGUUGUUGUUAUUGUGAAAUAAAGCCAUAUAUUGUAUGUAUAUAAACAAAAUCCACAAAUAGCUUAUUAACUAUAUUAACUAACGUGAAAAAGUAUUUUGGUAUGAUAUUAAAGCUUAUUAACCAGUAUUUACAUAGCUUUUCUUUGAUUGCCGAAUGUUUUGUUUCGGUUUUUAAAACAAAAUUGAAUCUGUCAUUAAAAAAAUCAAUUCUUAAUCAAGUACCUUAUGUCAAGGGUCAUUUGUUACAUUCCCAUCCCUCUCGCUCACCAAUAAAGAAGUAAAAUUCUUA